CCACCGGUAGAGACACCACCAGGCACCAAACUGAUGACGUGGUCCGGUCUGUUGAGCAGAGCAGCAGGAUGGCCGACCAGAGCAGGCAAACAAAACUCGCUGCAGCUAAGAAAAAGCUGAAGGAGUUUCAGCAGAAGAGCUCCCCUGCUAGUGUAGGAGGAGAAAAGGGCGGAGGAGGAGGUGGCGGAGCAGGGGCCAAAAAGAAGAGAAAGGUGAAGGGACUGAGUCAACUCGAUGCACCGUCAACAGAUAGAAACUCUCCAAUCAAUACCUUUGCUGACGUGGAGCCCAUGGGGUCUUCAGUUCCUCAGCUGCUGGAAGACCCGAGGGUUGAGCCUGAUCACGACUCACCUUUGUCUAACCCUGCUAGUGCUAACACUACUAAUAACCCUGAGUCUAUCGGUCACACUGACCUGCAGGACUACCCUGAUACCAAUGGCAAUGAGAGUCUAACAGAGGAAAACAGACCCCUGUCUUCCACAGAGAGCCUGCGACAGCUCUCACAGCAACUGAAUGGCCUGGUCUCUGAGUCAUCUGCUGCUUAUGUGAAUGGAGACAGUCCACCUUCUGUCACUGAGAGAGAACUGGAGAGUCGGAACCAGGAGCUGGCAGCCGCCCUGGAGUCCAGCAACCUAACAAACUCUCAGCUCAAUACCCAGCUAGACCAGCUGGCACAGCAAUCUCAGGAGCUCACAGAUCAGCUACAAAAGGAGCGAAAAGAAUUUGAGCAGAGAUUUUCAAAAGAGCAGGGAGCCAUGCGGGAGCAAUUACAGGUUCACAUCCAGACCAUUGGUAUACUGGUAUCAGAGAAAUCCGAGCUACAAACAGCACUACAAUACACACAACAGGCUGCACGGCAGAAAACAGCUGAGGCAGAGGAAUUGAACAACCGUCUGCAGGCAACAAAGCAGAGAGUGUCAGAGCUGGAGAGAACUCUCUCUUCUGUCUCAACACAGCAGAAACAGUUUGAAAAGCACAAUAAAGAGCUUGAAAAAGAGAGAGACAACCUGAGACUAGAGGUGUUCAGAGUAAACAAUGUGAAUGAGGAGUCGAAGCAGCAGAGCUCAGAGCUGUCCGAGCAGUUGAAACUGAAUACACAGGAGAAUGGAGCAUUGAAGCUGGAGGUGGAAGAUCUUCGCAAGAGGCUCGAGAUUGCUGACCUCGUGUUGCAGCAGUGCUCUAGUCAGUCAGAUCCCACCAGUGUCAACCAGCAGGUCCAGUUACUGCUGGAAGAGAAGCAGCAGCUGGAGGCACACAAUCACCAGCUGAUGGAGUCAGUGGCCCAGCUGAAGACGGAGAGGGACUGUUAUGCAGAACAGAUCCAGGAAGAGGGCCGUGUAUGGAAGGACAAAACAGAGCAGCUGCUAACACAGGUGUCAUUGGUUGCAGAGGAGAGGGACAGAAACAUCAACCGAGUCCAAGAACUAGAGGCCAGCAUCGCAGAGCUAAAAAAUGCUGCAGCGUUAUUGUCCCAGGAGAGAGAGGCUCAGGAUAAUGCAGAGCCUCAGUCCUCAGGGCCAUCAGAGAGUGAGGUGGCUCUGCAAGAGAGCCUCGACAGACUACAACAGGAGAAAGAAGCCCUUACUGCACAGUACCAGGCACAGCUGCGAGAUAAUGAGCAGCUGAGCCGCCUGUGUGCAGAGCAGGAGACACGUCUGGGGGAGCUGGAGCGGCAGGUGGAGAGCCAAGGCCAGGAGGCUGAGGACCGUCGGCGCAUGUUGGAGGAUGUUCAGUCAGAUAAGGCCACUAUUAGCCGUGCUCUCACCCAGAACCGUACACUGAAGGACCAGCUGGCUGAGCUACAGAAUGGUUUUGUCAAACUGACUAAUGAGAACAUGGAGCUGACCACUGCCAUCCAGUCUGAGCAGCAUGUGAAGAAGGAGCUUGCUCGCAGGAUGGGUGAACUGCAAGAGGAGCUGCACAACGUCAAGGAGCAGCUGGAACUGAAAAAUCAGGAGUCUCAGGGUCUGUUGGAGCAGAGGGACCAGGUAGUGGCCCACCUGCAGCAGUACUGUGCUGGCUACCAGGCCCUGGCCUCAGAGAGAGAACAGCUCCACCAACAGUAUCUGCAGCAGAGCCAGCUCAUGGACCGGCUGCAGCACGAUGAAAGCCACAACCGUGCGCAGCUGGAGAUCAGUUACAAUCAGCUCAAACAAGCGCAGGAACAUUUGGAGCAGUUAGUCAGAGACAAUGAGCAGCUGAAGACUGAGGUAAAGGAGCUUCUCAACAGCUCAGUUGUUGCCACAUCGUCCAGAGACCAAGGAGAUGGAGUGGAAAGCCAGUCCCUGCAAGAGAGUCCUAAGAAGUCUUCCUCCAUAGUUAUCCCAGAAGACUUUGAAAGCCAGAAAGAGAUGGAGGAGUUUAUCCGUGGGGCUUUGGCUCAGUUGGAGGCAGAGAGGGAUGAGGCCAGAAGGCAACUUGAGGAGGAGCACAGGCUUCACAUGGCAGCUCGACACCAGGCUGCUGUGGCCCUCAGCCUCGAACACCAACACCACAGCCACAAAUCUGCUCAGGACCAUCACCAUGAGCACGAUCACACUCAGGGCCAACACAGUCACUGUGAACACAGUCAUGAGCAUUCAGAAGGAGGAGUGCCAGUGGAAGUCCAUCAGGCCCUGCAAGCUGCCAUGGAGAAGCUUCAGCAGCGUUUCACCUCCCUCAUGCAAGAGAAAGCUGACCUGAAGGAGAGGGUGGAGGAGCUGGAGCACCGCUGCAUCCAGCUGUCUGGAGAGACCGACACCAUAGGGGAGUACAUAGCCCUGUACCAGAAUCAGCGGGCCAUCAUGAAGCAGAAACACCAGGAGAAGGAGCAGUACAUCAGCAUGUUGGCCCAAGACAAGGAGGAGAUGAAGGCGAAACUGGCGGAGCUGCAGGAUCUGGUGAUGAGGCUGGUGGCUGAGAGGAAUGACUGGUACAGCCGCUACACCGGAGCUGUAGGCGGCACAAGCACAGUGAACCCCGACCUCCUUCCUGUCGGGGAGGAUCACACUCACCCAGAGCACCAGGCGCACACAGACACUGAGCUUAAUGCUGUCGGUGGCGCAGAAGCCAUGGAGGUCAUUCCUCUCUCCGAACCCACCACAGGGCUGGAGGCCCCCUCGUCCCAGACAUUUUCGAUGGGGUCAGCCCAGAUGGACUCCAAGCCCAUGGUGCCCAAAGAGGAUGGCACAGCCCAGCAGAUCAUGCAGCUGCUCCAGGAGAUCCAGAACCCCCAGGGAGCUCUAAGAUCGCCCCCUUUCCUCGGGGAGAACCCGUGCAUCCCCUUCUUCUACCGGCCUGACGAACAGGACGAAGUGAAGAUCUUGGUGGUGUGAGGUGUGGGUGUGGCAAAGGGUGGUGGGUGUGUGCGUGUGUGUGUGUGUGUGUGAGUGUAUGAGAUAUUGGACAUGUCUUGAAGUCUGGGGAAUAUAAAACACCACAGUUUACUGUGUUUAUAGCUUAUAGAUCAUAUUCACACAGAAAUUCAAAAAUUUGAUACCCUACAAAACCAGUCACAGAUAGAAGAAUGUCUUUGACCCAGUUACAUUAAAACGCCCCCUCUUUGUCCUGUGUGCUGGCACAAAUGUGUGCCUGGUUAAAAAGAGAGAAUUUUUUAUCAGUUGUUUUUAUGUUUGUUUGUUUUUUUUGUUUUUGUUUUUGUUUUGUUUUUUGUCCAUGAUGCUCUUCCCAGAGAGGAGAUAAUCAGUAUUCCUAAACACAAUCCAAUUGCUCUCCUUACCACAAUUUUCAGUUCCCAUCCUCUCUCUCAUCUCCAUCGUACACAUAAGUGCAAUAAAGGGGCCGUAUAUUCAGUCCCCUUGCUGAUACAGUACACAAUUAAAAAAUAGCAGCCUGUUCGUGUUCAGCUUUAUUUAACUGCAGAUCUCAGUUUUACACAAUUCACAUGCCAAAAAAAGAGCAUCACGUUUGAAUGAAUGUAAUAACCUGAAUAUUUACUUGUAUGUUUGUGUAACAUGAAGAGAAGUGAGCAGAAGGGUACAGCAAGAUGAUAUCAGGAUGGGUGGCAGAGUGAGAUGGAAGUUAAAGUUAAGUCAGUUAAUGAACUUAGGGCACAUAAUAGCUUUUAAACUGUAGGCGCUGCUUCAAAGUCAAAAGCUCACUAGUUACACAGUGAGAUUCAGGAAGAUGGAGGCAGGUGUUGCAGAUUGGUACUGUCCCCUGAAACUACCUUUUCUCUACUUUGACUUUUUUUUUUCCCCUCCAAACACUGAAAAUAAGUCAUAUGUUUGUACAGAGUGACAUGUUAAUAUAUGUGAACCAUUUGUGUUGUAAUGAUGUCAGACCUCUUCUUAGACCGAGAGAAGUCACCAUUGUUACUGUUUCUGAUUCAGUGAGAGGAUAGAUGCAAUUUAAAGACCCCAUGAAGAAAAAACUAAUUUUAGUUGAGAUGCUGUUGAGGCAUUAUUUCCUCCAUUGUUGCUGAAAACAACACUGGAGAAGGGCAUUUUCUUCAAAGUGUGAUUCAGUUGCGUCGUAGAGCUUGGAUGCUGUGCUGCGGGCUGCUUUCCAUAUUACUGUUUCAAGUCCUUCCACUGCAGCUUGGCCAUUAGCAUGUUAGAUGUUAUGGUGCACUAUUUAAAGAAGUUAUAGGAAAUAUAACUUAAUAAUCUCUAUAUCUGCAGUCAUAAUUCAUCUUUGUGCUUGGAAUAGUCUGUAAUCUGGUGCUCUGAGGCAUCUCAAACUCAGUCCAUACUUCCAUCCCUCAGUCAUUUAUUCAUUUCUUUCUUUCUUUCUUCCUCAGCACAAACUUCUCUUUCAUGGGGUCUUUAAGUUUCUAAAAUAACUGACACUAUUACUAAGAGCCUGUUCUUUUCUGUUACGUUUGGCUUGUAGUUCUACAUAUCAAAGAUGAAUUAAUGCACAUCCUUUACAACUGGACUGUGUGAGUGUGAGUGGUGUGUGUGUGUGUCUGUAAUCCAAGCUGUUUCCUCUGCAGCAUCUGUUGUACUUUUGUGUAGAGUUCUAUCAAAUUAUAUAAGUAUGAUUGCACUAAAACUGUACAAAGCUUCUCAUUCAGCUCUGUUUCUACCAUUGAGCCUCUCUGGAGAAAAAAAGGGGAAUCCUAUGAUGCCUCAUUGUUAAGCUGAGGGUUCCAGUUGAAGCAAGUGAAUUUAAUUGAAAGUGUGUUCGGGUGUGUGUGCGUGUGUGUAUGCGGUGUUGCACUCGGAGGAUGACCAAGGUGUGUACAUACGAGUAGAAGGUUAAAUUAAUGAGACUGCUCACUUCAAGAAGUCAUGAGGUUAUUCCCAAAAGUGUUGGACCAAUCAGAAUUUGAGGAAACGAACAGCUGUCUUUAUUUUUUCCAAAAGCAGAGAAUUAAACUAGUCAAUGUUUUAUGUUCGCAUUUUGUUAUUCUCGUAUUGUCUAACAAAAUUUGAGUAAAACUCCUUUUGGAAUAAAAUAAAUGAGAAAUUACUCUCUCUUUACCUGAAGACGUGAGAGGUGUUUAGCUGUAAGAGAGACAGGUCCUCAUGUUCACAAAUGUAGAUUGGAGGAUGGGUGCAUUGAUUUCUUCAGAGUAGGACUCUGUUUUGUGAGUCUUUUCAUGAUUUUAAUAUGGAGCGACAUGAGGGCCUCAGUCAUGCCGAAUUACUUUUGGGCCCUCAUACAUAAAUUUGAGAUUCUCUUGAUUGUUGAGAGGUAGAGGGCAUAUUUGUGAAAUGAUUAAAUUGCAAACUUGAUAUUUAUCGCUAAAAGUAACAGGACAGAAAGCAUAAGUGCAGAUUGUGGUAUUUUAAGCGUAUUAUUGAAAGCAAAAUGUAAUUAAAGUGUAAGGUGAAUGGAGGCUGUAUGUACAUGGUGCUGUUUACAGGGAAAGUGAACAGCAGUGUUUCUACCCUAAACCACAGCACUGUGGUUUUUGAAUAAAUUUACUUCAUCAUUCUUGGUUUUAAAAUUCCUCGCUUCUUAGCAUUCUGUCUCUUUUUAGUUUCCUUUGAAACAUGCCAUAAAUACGUUUUUGUUUUUUUUUUGUUUGUUUUUUUUUGUUUUGUUUUUGCUUUGGGAGUGGUCAGGCCAAGAGGUAGAUAUACAAUAAAAUCCUUUUAGUGUUGUUUCGGGGACUUGUAUAGUAACAAAUAAAACAAUGAGGAUAAAAUGAUUUCCCACACUUUCUAAUUCACUGUUAAAUAUGCUCUGUGUGAUUGAAACAAAUAGCAAUGAGGAAGCAUUUAUUGUCUUUACUGUAAAAGAGGCAGUGUACAUACUGUAACUGUGUAACAUAUUGUAUAUUCAUUAUGCCUGGUGUGUGGGGGAGGGGGAGCUGCUCUGCUGUGUUGGCUGGCAGCGUAGGUUGUGCGUCUGUAAGCAGAGUCGGGGUGUUGGUGGUUACUGACUGGCUGUGAUUUAAUACAAAGAUUGAAUAAAAAAAAAAGAAAAUAUAUUUAUUUGAAGUAAGUUAGUAUCUCAACUAAUCAGUUUUAAUGUAAAAUAGAAGUGACAGUUGGAUGGAAA